AUGUCUGGGUUAUUAUAUUUGUGUGAAUACGAAUCUGGAGAAAGCGAGUCUGAUGUAGAAGAAAUUCCCCCCAAAAAAAGUACCAAAUUACCGACACCUGACCUAAGUAAGGUUGCAACUGUACCUACGGACUUGCAUGUAGAUGAUCCCAAAGAGCAUAACGGGCGUAUUCGAAGCUUUCCGCAUGUAAGAGGAAAUUGGGCUUCAUUUGCUUUUGUUAAAUACCCAGAAGAAGACAUAAUAUAUGACUUGCUGGAAAAAAUUAAAAUAUUUGUUAAACCAGUCUGUGAACCCAGCUUUAAUUGUGAAGAUUUACACAUAAGCGUGUCUAAAACUAUUGUUUUAAAGUAUCAUUUAAUAUCUUCUUUCACUACAUCACUUCAGAAAGAAUUAAGUGUGCUCAAAACUUUUGCUAUAGGAUUUGACAGUGUGCAAAUAUAUACAAAUGAAGAGAAGACUCGUACAUUUUUAGCCUUAAAUGCAGAUUUUUAUAGUAAAAAACAUUUGGAAGAUGUUGUUGAUAAAAUUAACCGUGUGUUAGAAGACUACAGUUUGCCAACAUUUUAUGAUAAUCCAUCAUUUCAUAUGAGCAUUCUGUGGUGGAAUGGAGAUUUAAAAAAAUCUUUAUCUAAGCAGACAAAACAGUUAAAUAACAUAUUACUGCAAGAAAAAAAAAUAUUACCAGUUGUGAACAUUGCAAAAAUUGAUUGUAAGGUUGGAAAUAAAUACUUUCAAUUUCAUUUAGAUUAA